CGGUGUGACGUCAGAGCCGCCGGUGCUGUGAAGAGUUCUCAGAAUAGACUUCUAGGAAACGGUAAAUUUUAAAAGCCAAGCCUUUACACUCUGUCCUUCACACAUUUGGGUCCCGUUCUGGCGACAACACACUCCGGCGGAUCUGGAGCGGUUCGGAGAGGAAAGGACGGUUUAAAAAAGAAAGAAAGAAAGAACAAAUCCAGUGUUCUGUUAGAAAGUACAGCAGCAGAACCGACGGCUCGGGGACACGGAGCUCUUGGUGGAGACUCGGUCUGUUCGUGUCUAGCCCGUGUUCCGGCUCGCUUCUUUGGGUCAAGGUGUUUUUCCCUCAGACGAAGCUCCGGUCCUGCAUGUUCUGGGUGUUUUCAGCGGAGGAAACCCGACCGGAUUUUAAGCCCAGAGGAUUAAAGAAGUAGCAUGAUUCUUUGUGUACCGGGUCCCAGAGCUCUUCUGCCCGCUGCUCCGUCCACUGAAGCCCCGCGGGGCAUGCGGGCAGGAACAGUGCCUCCUACCCCCUGCCUACAGAGCACCCCUCCGCUAUGGGACCCCACAAAGGACCUCCGGGCGAUCGCCAGCAACUUCUGCUACCUAGAAAACUCAGGAUGGUACUGGGGCGCUGUGACGGCGGCUCAGGCCCACGCUGCGCUGCAGGAGGCGUCUGAAGGAGCCUUCCUGGUACGGGACAGCAGCCACCCUCUGUACAUGCUGACCCUCUCGGUCAGGACGGCACGAGGUCCCACCAGCAUACGGAUCCAGUACAGCGGCGCCCAGUUCCUGCUGGACUCCAGCUCCCCGGCCAGACCCAGCCUGUCGUCCUUCCCCAACGUGCCCAGCCUGGUGCAGCACUACAUGGGCCCGGAGAGGAAGGCAGAGGAGGGGAAGGUGGAGCAGGAGGCUCCGACCAAGCCCUCCCAGCAGACUGUUCAGGAGACGUCGGUGGUACUGAAGCUGAAGCGGGCCGUCUACAAGCCCCAGAGCCUCCCUCCUCUGCAGCACCUCACACGGCUUGUCAUCAACAGGCACACCGACUGCCCUGACCAGCUACCACUCCCGAGGCCGCUGCUGCGCUACCUACAGGACUACCCCUUCAAAGUAUGAGUCCGGUAUCGCGGCUCAGUGUUCCCCGAAGGAGGAGAAAAACUGUCAACAGGUCCUUUGUGCCUGUUCAGAACAGAGCUGCCCCGGCAGUCGGAGGCCAGUCACAGACAUACUGGACACAGGGUCAUGUUGUUGCUGACAAAAAAAAUGUACAAAUUCAGUUUCUACUGACGUGUCUGGUUCCAGACUUAAUCUGUCGAGGACUGUGCGGCGAAGCACCCCAGAAAGAGACGAGUCGUGAGACAAACGCAGUACUGUAACCUCCGCUUAUUUCAUGAUGGAUGUGGAAACUGUCCAUGUCUGUUUUAGCCUCAUCAGUUCUGGAUGUACAUACUGUUCCUAAGAAGUACACUGAUUCCUUUGAGACAUCUUUUACGCCAUUUUAUUUUUCUCAGUAAAGCAUUUUUUGUACCUUUUACAUGUGUACAUGUUUCUAUUAAAAACCAAGCCGACUGGAA